ACCCACCACACCAUGUCCGAGAAAGCUGCCACACCGCAGUCGCUGCCCGCGCCGGCGUCUACCCCCGCCGACACGCAGCGUGCGGGCGAGAACCGCAAGAUCAAGUUCAUCGCCGGCGCGCUGCUCGCGCUGUUCCUCGUCGUGCCGCUGCUUGGCGGCACGGCCGGCUGCGCGGAGCAUGCAAAGUCCGCCAUGGCGAAAGUCACCGGCAAGGGCAAGCACCACGGCGGCCACGGCGGCCAUGGGCAUCACCACAAGCCCAAGCCCAGCCCCAAGGGCUUCUGCCCUGCGCAGCCCGCCCCCUUGAACGUCGGCGACAACUGGGACCCCGCAGCGGAGGAGGGCUAUGGCCUCGCGGCGGCACAGCGCCUCGCGCGCGCGGUGCAGAUCAACACCGUAUCGUACGACAACGCGCCUGCCGACCCCAAGGACCCGGCGUUCGACGGGCACUACAAGUUUGCAGAGUACCUCUCCGCCGAGUUCCCCAAGGUGUACGAGACGCUGCAGCACGAGGAGGUCAACACCCACGGGCACCUGUACACCUGGAAGGGCAGCAACGAGGGCUUGAAGCCCGUGUACCUCAUGGCUCAUGAGGACACUGUGCCCGUCAACCCUGAGACUAUCGGGCAGUGGGCCCAUGCCCCGUGGUCGGGCGACAUCACCACCGACGAGGAGGGCGCGCCGGGCACCUGGAUCUGGGGCCGCGGCGCGAGCGACUGCAAGAACUCGCUCGUGGGCAUCCUCGCUGCUAUUGAGAAGCUCGCAAACGAGGGCUGGACGCCGGAGCGUACCGUCCUGAUCGGGUACGGCUUUGACGAGGAGAUCUCUGGAAGCCGCGGCGCCGGCCCCAUCUCGGCCAUCAUCCAGGAGCGCUACGGCGUCGACAGCAUCGCGUUCCUCGUCGACGAGGGCUUCAGCGGCGUCGAGGACGACGUGUACGGCCUCCGCAUCGCGUCCCUCGGCAUGGCGGAGAAGGGCAGCACGAGCGUCAAGCUGACGGUCGACACGCUCGGCGGUCACUCGUCCGUCCCGCCCCCGCACACUGGCAUCGGCUAUAUUUCCAAGUUCAUCACCCAGAUCGAGGAGCACCCCUUCAAGCCCGAGCUCACCGAGCAGUCGCCGUACCUCAAGUACCUCUCCUGCCUGUCCGAGCAUGCGCCUAGCAUCCCUGGCAAGCUCAAGAAGGCGGUGCAGAACCCCAAGAAGUGGGGCAAGCUCGCCAAGAAGCUCGCGGCCGCCGACCUCAAGGUGAACGCCUUCCUGGCCACCACAACCGCCGUGGACCUCAUCAACGGCGGCGUCAAGGUCAACGCGCUGCCCGAGGUCGUGACUGCCGUCGUCAACCACCGCGUGUCGUUCGUGUCGUCGGUCAACGAGACGCGCCAGCACUACCUUGAUGUUUUGGUGCCGUACGCCAAGAAGCUCGGCUUCAGCGUCACGGCGUUCGGUGAGGAGGAGGAGCGCACCGACCGCCACUUGACCAUUGAGUCUGUCCCCCGCGGCGCAGAGAGCGGCCUCGAGCCCGCGCCGCACACCCCCGCCGACGCGCCCCCCUUCGAGCUCCUCGCCGGAACCAUCAAGACCGUGUUUGGCGAGGACACGAUCGUGUCCCCCACCGGCAUGUACGCCAACACGGACACGGCGCGUACCUGGCGCCUCACGAAGCACAUCUUCAGGUUCAACCCCGCGCGUGUGACGGACGGACUCAACGUCCACACGGUCAACGAGCGCAUGAAGCUCGACGGCCACCUCAGCACCAUCCGCUUCUACUACAAGCUGCUCCACAACACUGCCGGGUGGACUGACUAGGCGGAAAACGUGGCCUGGACAAUUGAAUAGAAAAUAAAGCGGGAUGAAAGUCGCUUGGGAGUUGCCGCGUGCGACUGCUCACAUUGG